AAACGACUUCAGCUGUUAAGAUGAGAACUGUUUCCCUAACAAUUUGCCUGCUGGCUGCUUUUUUGCUCAGCGCCGAUGUCCUUGCUGCCGUAUCCCGUGGCAACUUUAAGGAUGCUGCUCAUCCGGGCAAAUGUGUGAUUAAUGCCGAUACCAUUUUGAGUGAGGGUGAAACGAAAACAGACUCAAAUUGCCAGCUCAUCUCUUGUCAUGCUAAUGGCGAUGCCAGUUUCUCCUCUUGUGGUGUUAAGGGCGCGCCUGAUCCCUGCAAGAUUGGCGAUAAAAAGUAUCCCAAGGCGGAAUAUCCCAAGUGUUGUAUCAAUGUCCUCCAUUGUCCCGAUGGAGAUAAGGAACUUUAAGCAAUCUAUUAAUUUUCUUUGAUUUACAAAUAAAUACUGCAUAUAAAUCGCUCAAAA